CACAGUCGGCCCAACAUGGCAGCUUCAGCUAAGAAGAAGAACAAGAAGGGGAAAACUUUGACCCUCACUGACUUCUUGGCAGAUGAUGGGAACAGUGGAGGAGGAGGAGGAGGAGGAGGCGGUGGUGGUGGCGGCGGCGGCGGUGGUGGUCUUGGUGGUCUAGGCGGUGGCGGCAGCAGCAGCACCUAUGCCCCGAAGCCAGUCAGUUGGGCUGAUGAGACUGAUGAUCUUGAAGGAGAUGUCUCAACCACAUGGCAUAGCAAUGAUGAUGAUGGAUACAGAGGACACGCAAUUGAUCGCUCCAUCCUGCCUACGGCUCCUCGAGCUGCACGUGAACCUAAUGUGGACCGAAGCAGACUCCCCAAAAGUCCUCCUUUUACGGCUUUCCUUGGAAAUCUUCCGUAUGAUGUUAGUGAGGAAUCCAUCCAAAAGUUCUUCAGGGGACUUAAUAUUAGCGCUGUCCGUCUACCCCGGGAGCCAAGCAAUCCAGAAAGAUUAAAAGGUUUUGGCUACGCAGAAUUUGAUGACCUGGAUUCUCUUCUGCAGGCUUUGAGUCUUAAUGAAGAAUCUCUUGGAAACAGAAGGAUACGAGUGGACGUGGCUGAUCAAUCACAGGAUAAAGAGCGGGAGGACCGUGGUGGUUCCUUUGGCAGGGAUCGAGAUCGCAAUAGAGAUUCUGACAAGACAGACUCUUCUGAUUGGAGGGCACGCCCCACCACAGACAGUUUUGAUGAUGGUCCUCCUCGCCGUGGAGACGAUAGCUACGGAGGAGAUAGGUAUCGUAGUGACCGCAAUGACCGCUAUGAGUCGUCUGAUCGGUAUCGUGAUGCCCCACGUAGGGAUGAUCGAUUUGAUAGAGACAGGGGAAGAGACCGUUAUGAUGACCGUGAUCGCAGAGAUGUUGACAGAGGUGGUUAUGAUUCCCGAGGAGGUGGCAGGAGAGCAUUCGGGAGUGGAUACCGUAGAGAUGAUGAUUACAGAGGAGGCGGCAGCGGUGGUGGUGGUGGUGCUGGUGGUAGUGGUGGAGGAGACCGGUAUGGUGAUAGGUAUGAUGACAGAAGAGAUGACAAAUCAGACAAGUGGAAUGGCUUCUCCAGAAAUGAAGAUCGGAGGGAAGAAAGAGGAGGUCCAACUCAGAGGCCAAAGCUGGUUCUCAAACCACGUACUGCUCCAAAGGAGGAGGAAACCAGUGGAGCUCCUGCACCAACUAGUCGAGCAGCUUCUAUUUUUGGUGGUGCCAAACCUGUAGACACCUCUGCUAGGGAGCGUGAGGUGGAGGAACGUCUGCAGAAAGAGCAGGAGAAACUGCAGCAACGUCAUUUGGAUGAUGAUCGGCCUCGACAGAUAGAGAGGAAGCCAAGAGAAAGGCAUCCAAGUUGGCGCAGUGAAGAUAACCAGGAAAGAUCUAGGACUGGAAGCGAGUCUUCUCAAACGGGCAACAGUGGACCAUCUUCAAGAAUCUCACGAAGAAGGGAAAGUGAAAAAUCUGUAGAAAAUGAAGUGUUUGGAAAAGAGGAGGAACCUUCUAAUACAAAAUCCAAUAAAUCUGACUCCCUUGUCCCAUUAAAAGUAAUGCCUGCUCCUCCACCAAAGGAGAAUGCAUGGGUGAAACGUAAUUCAGCGCCUCCUUCCAGUCGCUCCCUCAGUUCAGAGUCCUCUCAAAGUAGAGGAGAAAGAAACGAUUCGGACAGGCAGCAGCCUGGGACAGGGCAAAGAGGAGCAGAUGAGAACAAAGACGAUGAUGAUGAUCUGGAGAAUCUAUCGAGCACCAGUGGACGGCCCAUAGGAGAACGCGGUAGAUCAACAGAGCGGAAAGAAAAGGAUCCGGAUUCAAUGAACAGAGAUGAGCAGGAAGCUAAAUUCAGCCAAGUAAGCAAGUACGCAGCUUUGUCCAUGGAUGGGGAAGAGGAAACUGAAGAAUACGCCGACUAACAUGGAAAAUGUGUCCAUGGAUUCCUUACUCCCUUCUCCUUUAAUCUCCCAUAUGUCCUUUUCCAUGACAGCCAUUGGCAUAAGCCAGAGCAAGACAAGUGACACCCCUUCCGGCUCUGUCCCCCCUCAGAAAUCGAAAUCCAACUUUGACUCUUCAGACAAUGAUCUUCAGUUAGAAACGCAAUGAGCUGUUUGUUCUCUUGCAUGCUGCUGCAGCUUUAUACCGUGUGUGCGUGAGUAAGGAAGGGGCAUAAAUGCAGUGUGUGUUGUAGGGGAGCUCGAUCACAGUUACCGCUUUAAUCAGGGAGGGCAAGUAAUCCAGAUCAUAACGAGGAGUGCUGCUGAUACAGAGCACUUCCCAAGCCAAAUCUGCCGCAUAAUACACAUGUUAUUAAUUUUAUGCCAGUGAAACCAUUUAUUUUCAGGCAUCAAAGAUGUUUCAGUAUCAAUCCUAAGUGGCUACCAGAGCUCCCAUUUUUAAGUCAUUUACCGGCAUCCAAAAGAGUCAGAGUCAGUGGAGUGGAUGUGCUGGAGGUGAAUGGCUUUUUUUUUUUUUAGUACGAUAUAGUAAUAUAAAUCUGAUAUGAAGCCCUAUUUUACAGCUUCAUUAGUGACUGGGAUCUCUUCAGGUCCAUGGUUUGCACGCAGUUGCCCGAAUCCCGUCAUCCUCGGUGCACCAGAGACAAGUAAGGAGCAAGUGCAAACCUGUUCUUUCCCUAUACAUAGGAGACUUCCCCUCCCGCCCAGGCUUUGUGUGAUGCUGUGGAUUUCAAGGAGGCUGCUGUAGCAGUGAACAUUUUGUCCACAAAGGAAGUAAUUUUUUUUAAUAUAUUGUACCUGCAGCAGGCAAUGAUGCAUCUGCAUAUUGCCUUUCACACUUUUGGCAAGCCCUAUUUGGUCAGUCCUCUAUCCCUCCUCCCAUUCCCUUUUCAUCAGGCCUUCCCUAAUUUAUAACUAACGUUCAUCAAGAAGCUGCGUUCCCCACUCACGAACCAGCUCGAGAUAACUUCGUUUAACAUUUUACACUUCAGAAAGGAGUGUUACUCAAACAAAAUAUAUAAUAAAAACUUGUAAUUUGUAAUCUGCUUUCUGGGAGAUGUUUUAUUAUCAUGUAAAGUACCUUACCAGCCCUCUCAUUUUUUAUUUUUAUUUUUUUUCUGUUUCUCAGCUCUGUCCCCCUACCCUCAAAUAAACUAAUCUUUAAAGUA